AUGGCUUCAACCAAACCUCUUGUUUUGUUCUUUAGUCCUGUGCGACAUGCGACUCCGGCAUAUGAGAAGUUGCAGGAAGUAGCCCACACGGAGGUUGUGACUAGCCGAAGCCGCGAUGAAUUCUUCAAUGAUGUUGCAACUAAAUACCGGGAUGCUUUUGCUAUCUACCGGACUUCUGCGAGUGGCUCCGUCGCCGGAAAGUUUGAUGCUGAUUUCAUCAACCGCCUGCCUGCCAGUUGUCGUUAUAUUUGCCACAACGGCGCUGGAUACGACCCUAUUGACACCGAUGCUUGUGCUGAAAGAGGCAUCAUAGUUACUAACGCACCCGAUCCUGUGACGGAUGCCACCGCGGAUCUAGCAAUGUUUCUCCUCCUAGGAGCUCUCCGCCAGCUAAACCCGGCUAUUUCUUCACUACGCGCCGGGAAAUUCAAAGCGGGUGUUGAUUUUGGCCAUGACCCCCAGCAAAAGACCCUUGGAAUCCUGGGAAUGGGUCGGAUCGGCCGGGCAUUGAAAGCCCGUUGCGAUCCAUUCGGCAUCAAGACAAUCUAUCACAAUCGCAACCCACUCUCAUCACAAGCAGCGGCAGAUGCGACGUAUGUCUCAUUUCAACAAUUGCUUGAAACGAGUGACAUUAUUAGUCUCAAUGUGCCCUUGACUUCGGAGACAAAACACCUCAUCGGUGCAAAGGAGAUCGCUAUGAUGAAGCCCGGUGUUGUGAUUGUAAACACUGCUCGAGGGGCUAUCAUUGACGAGGCUGCUAUGGCAGAUGCCCUAGAGACGGGCCAUAUCGGUGCAGUGGGUCUUGAUGUGUAUGAAGAGGAGCCUAAGAUCAAUGAGAAGCUUCUGAAGCAGGAGAGGGCUCUUUUGGUACCUCACGUUGGAACUCAUACUACCGAAACAUUGGCUAAGAUGGAGUCUUGGGCGAUGGAGAAUGUGCGGUGCGCAAUUGCUGGAGAAGAUUUGCUUUCUCCUGUUCCUGAACACCAACACCUUGUGCAAUAG